AAUCUUGCCCCAAAAGUUAUGUUCGCUUAAAUAUUUCUCCUUUCAUUUUUCAAUUUUCACCUUCUCUGUUUCUUCUUCUUCACCGAGCCGCCAAACGCUUCCGCCGUCAGCUACCGUGCAGUCUCACCGCCGCCGUCGCUUCAAUUAGGUUAUAAUAGAACUCGAACAGAAGAGAUGGAUGAUGUAAUAACAGACUUACCACCACCAUCAAGAUUCUUGUUGGAAGAUCUGAACAACUUCACUCCUCGGCCACCUCACCUCCCGUCUCCGUUCCUCGUAUUCUCAUCUCCGAAUUCCACCAAAAUUUUCUGCCCCUCAAUUCUUAUAAUCGCCUUAUCUUCCCCAUCUCUUCACUUCUUACACCACUUAUCCCCCAAAACCCUAAUCGGGACACUUAUUCUCCCAGAAAUCCCGUUCUCCGGUAACUCCACUAAACCCUCGCUCAAAGACAAAUCAUGCAACAUAUACACCCUCAACGAAAAAGCUGACGAAACCAUCAUGAUUGCCUUGGUCCAAUUUUCCGUCACUUCAGAGAGAGCCCAUGCAGUGUCGAAGCUUCUGAUUGGUGGAAAGAUAAACCCUCGGAGGGUUUUGAUUCUUGAUUCUGUUGAAAGGCGCAACUUUCGCGGGAAGCUUUCGUCUGACGAGGCAAUUGCCUUCAAGCUGGUGACAUCAUCAGAAAGAGGAAAUUUGACAGCUGGCGAUUCAUCGGUGGUUAAAGGGUUGGAUUAUUAUCCGUCGGGCAGUGUGGUGGAUGGAUUGGGUGCUGCUUUACUGAGUCGGUGUGAGCUAAAGAAGAUUAAGGGAACUCUGUGCGUUUCUUGGCCUGAUUUAGGUGUUCCGGUUAUGACUCUGGUUAAGUCUCUGCUGGUUAAGGAUGUCUUAACUGGGGUUAGUUACAGUGAUGAUGGAGAUUACGAGGCGGAGUACUUGAAAUUGAGCCGCAGAAAGGAUCGUGUCGACUCUGAUCUCUACACAUGAUUGAUCUUUUUGGAAUUGUUAGUUGCCCUUUUAUUUUCGGAAAUUAGAAUCGGUUGAGUUGUAAUCUUUUACGGAUUUAACUAUCUUAUUACAUGAAUUUUUGUACGAACCAUGGUCCAGAAUCUUUUCUAUGAAGUUAUAUCAAGGAAUUUAGCAGAGAGGGGUCAAUCUGCAUAUGACACAUUGUAUCCUUUUUAAGUAUAUGCAAGAGCAGCGUCCGUAGAUCUCUGUCUUGUUCGAUAAGUUAUUACAGGUGUUCUGUUUUUCUUUUUCUUUAC